AUGCAAUUUCUGUUUGAAACCCUCAGAGAAGCACUUGGAGGCAAGCGAUUUGAGACCAACGAUCAAGUGGAAACAAUCGUUCGCAACUGCAUUUGGAUGGCUUCUGAAGAUCUUGCUAUCCCGGAACGUGACAGAUUACCUAUGGUAAACGAUGAAAUUGCAGCCGAGGAUAAUCGAUAUCGGCUGAUACAGAUUCUCGGAGACGGCGGAUACGGGACUGUGUUUCUCAGUCAGAACUCGCAAAACAGGAAUCUUGCGGUGAAGACGGAGAAAUACAGCAAAUCAAUGUUGCAUAUUGAAGUGAAUGUACUGAAAGCAGCCAAUGCUGCAAAAUGCAAACAUUUCUGUCAGCUGUACGACUAUGGCACAUGCAAACCUGAUUACGUGUACGUGGUGAUGACAUUGCUGCACAAGGAUCUUCAUAAACUGAGAGCUGACAUGCCAGACAGAAAAUUCACCUUCUCCACCUCUCUCCGUCUUGCUAUGCAAACGUUCAAUGCAAUUGAAGAAUUACAUUCAAUCGGAUAUAUAUCGCGAGAUAUCAAACCCGGAAAUUUCGCUCCUGGUCAUAAAUCAACCAGAGAAGGAAAAACAAUAUUUAUGUACGAUUUUGGACUUGCACGAAGAUAUGUGGACAAGAACAGAAACAUCAUACCAUCUCGAAAAGAAGUCGGGUGGAGAGGUACUACUCGCUACGGAAGCUUGAUUGCUCAUAAAAGACAGGACCUAAGUCGACGGGAUGAUAUAGAAAGUUGGUUCUACAUGUUGGUCGAAAUCACAAAAGGAAGCCUACCAUGGCGACUAGUUACAGAUCGUGCUCAAGUUUAUGCAGCAAAACUUGCAGCUCGCGAAGGAGAUGGCCGAGCACAUUUUCUUAAUGAUACUCCACCUCAGUAUAACAUGCUACUCACAUGGAUUGAUGGUUUAGUGUUUGAAGAUACACCACCGUACUCAAAAUUCUACAAUAUGCUAGACGGACUGCGUGAAGAGCGGAAAAUUCGGAUGCACGAGCGCUGGGAUUGGGAAGAAGAGACGUCAACGGUCACAAGCAGAUCCGAUACUGAAGGACCGCCUUAG